AUGCCUGCCUCCGUUCACUCGCAAGACUCCGAGGAGCACGAUCAGUCCAUGAUGGACGUCGAGGCCGAGCAGCCCGUCAACCCCAUCCUGCUGGAUGAGAAGCGCAUCGUUGUGCUGCCCGGUUCCUCCGACACCGCUGCCUCGUUCCAGUUUGAGGGCGAGGGUCACACUCUGGGCAACGCCCUCCGUUACGCUAUCAUGAAGAACCCUGCUGUCGAGUUCUGCGGCUACACCAUCCCCCAUCCUUCCGACGCCAAGAUGCACGUUCGCAUUCAGACUAACGAUACCACGACCGCCCUCGAAGCUCUGGAGAAGGGCUUCAACGACCUGAUGGACCUGUGCGACGUCGUCACCGACAAAUUCACCGCUGCUCUUGACCAGUACAAGGAGGAUCAGGUCAACCGGAUGGAGGGUUGA